AUGUCUGAUUCACCCAUUACAACUGCGCCCGUAGGGCCUCAAGAGAAGCCGAUCCUGGACAAACUGCUCCUCAUCAGAGACAAGUUGCUGCUCCUCAAGCAAGACAAAAGCACCUAUGUCAAAUCCUCCGACGUCCUUCCCUUGUACGAACAGGUCAUCGAGCAAGUCUCGAUACUCAACUCAGUCCGCGAACCUGCGAAUUUACUCCAGAACCGGGUCGACACAGUCCUCGAUGACUGUCUCCAACUUGUUUCGCUCUUCUUCAUGGCUGUGGGACGGAACAACGAAGCGCCUGCGCUGUACGCCAUGACCGGGAACAUCACGCGCCUGUGCCAGCACCUCAAAGAAGCUGCAUUCUAUAGCAAGAGAGACUUGACCAGUUUGGAACACACUCUGGAAAAGAUGCAGACCACUCUUGAUCACGGCAAAGACAAGUACUCCCAUCACCUGUUGACCCGCAUCCAGUAUCGCCUGGAAGUCUGCCGGGAAAUGCUACAAGAGUUGCGCAACUUCCUCUCGACACUCUCUCCAGAGAUGACCCCGAUAUGGGAGAAGCUGGUCUCCAUUCUCCGGGCUAUCGCGGCGUUGAAUACAAGGAGCAAGUUCAGUCAGAAAGAUUUAAACGAACUGCGGGAGCAGCUUCUGCAGAUCCAGGCAACAAUGAAAGACGGCAAACUCCCAAGUGAGCAAGGGGAAGUCAAAGGUGGGCAAGACUUGGUGGUGCCGCUUCUCGAAAGAUGCCUCAAAUUCACCGAUAUAGUCGAACAAAAGCAAGGAAAAAUAGACGAGCGAUUCCAGGAUACCUACGAUAAACUCAUUGAAAUCCGCAACCAGCUCGAUCGACUCACCAUGACCCAAGCGUGGUCCCUCCGCGAAACCGACUUGUUUAUGUGGCAGAGGAAAUUGGAUCGUAUUGACGACUCGAGACGAGACGGCAAUUUCUUUGACGCCGAGGGUCAUCCUGCAGAUCUACACGCGCAAAGAACACUAUUGUAUCUGAUCCGGCGAGGAUAUGCUUAUAUUUAUCAGUUACUGAUUGCAUCCGAGCCCGUGUCGGAGGCUCUCCUGCCCAUAUACAAUCAGCUCCUCACCCUGCGGAAAUGCCUGGUCGAGGUCAAGAAGGCCGGAGGGGUGUCCAACCCUCGAGAAUUGUAUCCCUACAGUAUGAAGCUCAACUCCAUUGACAACAUGCGAGUCGACGGCAAGUUCCAAAUCGGAAAUGAUAUCCCGGAAGGGCAAGGCAGUGUCAACGAUCUUCUGGCGGAGUGCUACGAUCUCGCUUAUGAAUUGAGGACGGCGGCCGAAGAAGGAACAGAGGACGAGUAA